AUGAGAACUAGGAGCGGAACCGACACUCACGAGGAUAACGCCACCUCGCGAGAGAAAGAGCUCGAGUUCGACUUCGACCACUCUCAGAUUCGGGAUCCGCGAGCAACGCCGGGUCGCGUCAAGCGUCCCCGGUAUGAGGAGCGCGAACUCAGUGAGGAGUUCCUAUCAAAGUUCCACAUCCCCAACCCUAGAGACAAGCAUACAGACCCGUUGUAUUCUUUCUACGAUCUACAUCGAUGUCACCUUGCAAAGCGGAUGAAGCCAGUGGCUUACAACAAGAAGUCCAUGGUCAAUGGCAUGGAGCGCCAUCUCAAGAAAGCAGAAGAGGAGAGAAAGAAAAUGUACGAUAUCUUCUUUGUCGAUGGGAAGGGUCCUGAAGGUGAAGAGGGCAGUACGUAGGUCAUGGAUCAGAUCAAAGAUCAGGUCUCCAAGGAUCUCGGGGUCCCUUAGCACCAGAUCGAUUCCAAGCAGCUGAAGAAAUGGGAAGAUCAGGGGUUCUCCAAGGUAGACGCGGAUAAAUGGUGGCAUCGGCCAAAUCAAGUUGAGCGCGAUCGAUUCAUCAAGAUGCUAGGCGGAGCAUCUUUUCGGAAGGAUCUCUAUCCGUAGGGUGGAUUCAGAUCCUAAAGUGUCUUAUCUCGCGCAAUCAGAUUUAGUAUCGCAAUUCCAGUAUAGCUUUGUUUAUCAUUCCUCCACCUAGGGGUCACAGAUUGCUUGCUAGUGAAAUAGAUGGUGCAAAG